AUGGAUCGAAGGCACGGCAGCUCGAGGCAGCCUCCGGGUGGGACCGGUGUCCGUCGGAAGCUGUCCAUCAAAUCGACCGGUAACGGCCCGUCCGGAGCCGACCAGAAAGACUCCAAACCGGACCGGAAAGUGGACCGAAACAGCAAUAUCCAGCAGCCGUCACAGCAGCAGUACCCUUCAAACUUUGCCUCCGUGCACCGGGCACCCCGGCCGAUUGGCAGCAUAGCGGCGGCGAUCAAACGAACGGCCGGUCAGCAUGCAAUGCUCGAGUUGCAUCGGGACUUCCCGGCCACGUCCGGCGGAGUGGGUUCCGAGCACCAGCAGCAGCAGCAGCAUAAAUCGAGACAGUUCACCUCGAAAGGAGGUGGCCCGUCCGUCUACAAAGCGGCACGGGACGAGUCGCGCUCGAAAGUGGCCUCGCUGACGCCGGAGUCAGCACGUUUCGUCACCCAGCCCGAAAACAAUGGUAGAAUAUUUAAUCAACCAUCGCUGCCGCUUCCGGUGCAGAUACCGAAUCCUUACGCUGCUGCCCGUCAUCCCAGCGUGACCCAACAGCAGCAAAGGGCCGAUUAUCUACAGCGACUGGCACCGCCGCCGCCGACGACGACGACUGUCACCGGAAGUCAAAGGACCGUAGCCGGGGCGCUUCCGGGAGCCGCUAGGUCCGGGGGUUCCGCGGCGGUCACCAGACAACAGCAGCCGAGCCCAGCCUUCGAACUGUCAGCGCUACCGGCGACGGGAAGCGCCCGGUUCACGCCAAAGCUGCUGAACGAAAUCUACGAGAAACACUUGUUGAGUCAGACCACUUUCGAUGGAGGUCCUGCGCUCGAACGGACGCAAGGUUCAACCCUUCAACCGAAGGCAGCCGUCGAAGCGGGCCGCACGCUAACGAAGAGUGACACGCGGUUGCGUGCCGUUCCCGGGACGCGGGAGGGUGGGCCGCCCAAGGAGGCCCACGGCUCGUCGGUGGUCGGAAAUCAUAAUUAUGAUCGAGCCCACCGGCAGGAUAAUGUGUACGAGUCCGUUCGAAGCAAUUAUCAUAUCUACGAAAAGAUUGACUCGCGUCGAGCUUCACUCGGGACCGCGGCCGGGCCACCGGUGGAGCAGUACGUACGUCCGGUGGCGCCUUUUUCCGCCGGAUCGCCACUGCCACCGCCCCUCCAUCCACGUCCCAAAUCACACCCGGCAGCCGCACUUCAGCUUGGCACCGGGCCAACACUGCCUAGUGCCGUGGAACCGGUGCAGAUCGCAACCGGAAGUUCGAGUCUUUCGCCGAUCCACGAACGGCCACCGUUGCCGGGGAAUCCUGGCAGGACCCUCGCCACGCAGCGCAGUGGCAGCUUUACGCGCACCGAGCGCAUCAACAUCGCCCUCGAGACGGCCAAAGCCAUCGCCACGGCAGCAUACAUCGAAAGGGCUGCACAACGAUUGGCUUCCGGCGGUGGCGGUGUUGAGCCUGUGGGCGGCGGUUCAACGACGGCGGAAAUGACGGCGGCGAAUGGUGCAUUCUGCGGGGCGAUCCAGCGGACGCCCCCACCAAUCCCGGCCGGAUUGGCCCGGCGGAUGGCGAAUCGCGAAAACGUUGGCCUCGGCAAGGUCAAAGUCAUGCUUCGCGUAUCGGAUGACCCACCGACGACGGCGGCGGCAGCGGCGACGGGACUACGGCCGUCGGGAAACUGCGACCAGCCGGCGGACCAGUCGGCGCCACCACCACCAGCGACCGCACCCACCUACUUGACCGUGGACAAGAAGAAACGCCAGGUGACGCUCACGGAGACUACGGCGACCAGCGCCCAGCCCGAGCGCGGACCGAUGGUGUCCGCUCCGAAAAUGUUUGCAUUCGAUGCAUUAUUUACGACCGAAGACUCGCAGCAAGACAUCUGCGGUACGGCACUGUCCGAGGUGAUUCCCGCCGUCCUGGAAGGAUCUGAUGGAUGUCUGCUGUCGCUCGGAUACCCUGGAGCAGGCCAAUCACGCACAAUGUUCGGCACGGUGACGGCUCCCCCGGGAGACCUCGGCGCGAUCCCGUGCGCCAUCUCCUGGCUGUACAAGGGCAUUAAUGAGAAACGUCAAAAAUCGGGCGCCCGGUUUUCGGUCCGCGUCAGUGCGCUCGGUGUGAACGCCACGAAGCCCGGCUCGUCGUCGAGGGAUUUGCUGGCCGGACAUGCGACAGAGUCGGACGAUUCGCCCGGGAUGUACCUGCGAGGCGAUUUUCUUGGGCGGCCGACGGAGCUCCGGGCACCGAACGCCGAGCGGGCGGCCCUGUUCCUGGAUCUCGCCCUAUCAGGACGGUCGCAGUGUAACUACGAGCCGGCCCUAAUCUACACCCUGCACGUCUACCAGUACAGUCUGUCCGGCAAGCGAGGAGUCGAAGGUGGACGAAGUCGGUUGCAUCUGAUCGAUCUGGGUGGGUGUGCCAACCGGACCGGAGGUCUUCCGCUGUCCGGUAUCGGGAACGUGCUGCUGGCGAUUCUGAGUGGCCAGAAGCAUCCUCCGAAUCGGGACCAUCCACUGACGCCACUGCUCCGGGAUUGUUUGGCUCCCAUCACCUGCCACGUGGCGGUCGUUGCCCACGUGUCUCACUCACAGACCCACGCAGACACGCUGACCACGAUCCAGCUGGCUUCACGGAUCCACCGGAUGCGGCGAAGAUUGCGGCCGCGAAACCAUCUGUUUGGUGGGGCCGAUAAAGGCCUGACCGGUGGAUCCUCCGGUCACCAAUCGGGCGGUUCCUCCGAAGGUCCAGACCCGUCCAGUUCAGACUUUUCGCAGGACACCGUCAUCUACAUGGGGCCGUGCGACGAUCCGACCGACGGCGAACAUCCGCCCGUCUACCUGCCCAGCCUGAACUCGGGCGACAAUCGGUGCGCUAUGAACAAGGUCCUGAAGGGGUCGGUGGCUGAAAAGCCAACGGCGGCUGCGGUGGCCUCACCGAAGAAGAAGACUUCCACCGGAAGCACCUCGAAAGCAACGAGUAGUCCGGCGCCAACGACGUCAGCCAGCGCUGGUCAAGGACGAACGGAUAGCCUGAAGCGGGGCCAACUCUACGGCAACCACCAGCUGCCGGCGCCAGGACCGGAGCUGGCGUCCCAGCACGGCUCGCCCAAGGUGGUGGCGGGAGCCUUUAAGCAUGUGCCUGGCGUCAGUAAAGGCUCCAACAUUCCGACGCCCAAAGGAUCCCCGAUGAGGCGACCGGCGGCUGUGGUGGCUGCGGCCACGACUACCGCUGCCAUCCCCAUCCCCAUACACGGGUCCAUCCCGCGCGAUAGUCCUUCGCGUCAGAUCAGCGAAGAGAAGUGGAUCGACGGACCGCGCGUAUCCAAAUCGAAGGUCCACGAAGCGCGCCAUCUGCUGCGGGAGAUCAACCACGUGAAGAAGUGCGAAACGUGGGUCGAUGGUCCGAGAAGGAUUCCGGCAGUGCAUGGCGGGGCCGUCGCUCCCGGAGCCACGCAAACUCCCCCGGCGGGACAGACCGGGACCGCAGCCGGUGCGGCGACGGCUGUGGGGUACGGGUUCAUGGAUACGCACAAGAAGAACAUGAUCCGCCAGUGGGUCGAAAACCAAUCGAUCCAGCUCCUGCAGCAGUCCCUGUCCGCCAACAGUUCCCCGAUGCACACGAAGCAUCACGCCACCUACAGUUUGCCAAAGUUCCGCCCGAGUCGCUCGGACGAGGAUGGGUUCCUGACGCUGGAGCUCGAACGGGUCGACGAUCCUGCGGCGAUGGUCAACCCGAUUGCACUCCGUGGUUUCACGGCAUCGACCGCAUCCAGCGCCGCGGCCAACAUCUCCGAAAGUCACGUCCGAACGGGGCUCAAGCAGGCUUACAGUCUGGACGCUGAACCGCCGCCAGCGGCCAGCGCCCCACCACCGAGCCAGCAUCCGGUUCAUCCGAGCCAACUUCCGGCCCACCAUCAACCACCGGUGUACGCCUCGGUCAAUACGGCCGGGAAGGUGUCGAGUACUUCGGUUGCGUCCGUCCACGACAGCAAUCACUCGGAGCGAUCGCGAGCUCCGUCGCAGGCCAGUGACCGGGUUUCGCACGCACCGCAGGAAGAGGAAGACCAGGACAGUGGGCCCUCGGAGGUGCCGCCCGCACUGCCCCUGAUGGAUCCGCUCGGAUCGCGCGAGAUCUCGCACGAGAGCAUCCACAUGCUCUGCUCGCGGCACGCCUCCCGGGACGACGCCAUGAGUGUCCACAGCCACACCAGCCACCAUACGGCCGGCAUGAUGAUGGACUGCGGCCUGCAGGUCACCGAGGACGAGAUAGCGAAAGCAAUGAAGGGGGAACAUCCGCUGAGCGCCCUCAGCCACGGCGAGCUGUCCGUCGUAUCGAGCUUUAAUGUUGGUGGUGGAGAUGUCUUCAGCGACUGCGUCAUCGGCGAUAGUAUGAGAAGCCAAUUCGAUCAACUAGCGCGACUGCGCGAGAUCUUCACCUCCCAGCUGGCGAUGGCCGAGGUAACGCCCUCGUUCCGGCUCGGCGACACCAACAGCGUGUACAGUGAGCCGGCGUACCGCUUCAACGCCGGCCCGGGCAGUGUCUGCAGCGAACCCGCGUACCGUCCGCCAAGCCCUCGCUGUCGGGACUGUCGCCAGUCGCUGACCAUGUCCCGAACCCCCAGCCAAAGCUCACUGCCCAGCCUGACGGGGAUCGUGGCGAUCGCCGGGAUGGAGCAGUACGCCUCGCUCCGGCACCCGGACGGUGCUUCCGAUCCCAAUCUGCCCAAGCUGGAGAAGCCUUCCGAUGACCCAACGGCCCCGGAGCUCCGGAGCGACCAGGACCAGCGACCGCUACACAUCCGCGAGAACCCGCUGGCGGAGCUGCUGUGCCGAGCGCAGGAAGACCCAGACGACGACACCGAUGGGGCGGCCCGCCUAAAGCCCAGUUCCGCGCUGCUUCCCCAACAGAACCUUCCCGCACUGCCCCUGCUGCCGAUUUCCACGCCCGAAGCGUACGACAGUGGCCACGACUCGACGCCUCGCACCUCGAAGCACUCGGGUAUCAGCAGGCGAGCCGAAAGCGGUUACCACAGCGUGGGCACGGUCCGUGACAGCGAUGAGUCCAGCUUCGGAUCGGCCGCGUCCCGAGCCCACCAGAAAUCGGCCGGGGCGUCCGGCAAGAAGCGCCACCGACCGAGCGACAACAAAUCGCUCUGCCACUGGCUGCGGAACCCCUUCAACUGCACCUACCCGGACACGGAGGGCGAAAUCAGUGACUUCUAA